AUGGCGCACGUUAUGGAGAUCGGACCCGGCAGCCGCGCGGAGCCCCUUCAUGUCUAUGGGGCGCAGUGGUGGCCAUUCUGGAACAUGUCGCCAGACGAUCCAGAGAUGAUGCUCAACUUUCUCAUCGCCAUGGAAGAUACCACUUUCGAGAAUGGUGCGACACGAAUCGUGCCUGGUACCCAACGAAUAUCCUACAGCGGGAAACAAGGAGAGGAAUCGGUGGCGAGCUGGAACGAAGAGGCCGCGGUGGCGGUGCCGCUGAAGGCAGGCGGUUGUCUGCUCAUCGGCAGCCGAGUCGUUCACCAGGGCGGCGCAAACACGACGAAGGACUUGCAUCGCAGGGUGAUGACAAUGACGGUCGUUAGCACCUGUUUCACGCCCGAGGAGGCAUUUCCGCUCCUUAUCGAACGUGAGCUGGCAAAGACGUUAUCGGAACGUGCCAAGAAGUUGCUCGGAUACAAGGAAGUUGACCCAUUUGGGUCUGCCGGGCUCUGGACCGGGUUUGCGGAGGACAGAGCCAGGGUGCUGGAAAAGUGA